AUGCAAUCGCAAUCGAGUCAGUCAGUGUACAACCAUCCUGAUAGUAAUGAUAUUGGCAGCAAUGGCGUGAUUUUGUCAAAUGGAAAUGAUGUGGUGAUCGCAGAUGAUAUAUCUAACGCAGAAAAAACUUUCUAUGCCAAGGUUGAUGAUUCCAAAAACGGUUUAUCAUCGGGUAUGCGUCAGAAGACUAUGAUAACUGUAUCGUACUAUAACAAAAUACUUAAUGCAUUAAAACAAACCACAUCUGGAAAAGAAACUGGUGUAAAUAGCUAUUUCUAUGCAUGGUGUAAAAAGUUUUUCAGAGUUGAUAAUUGUGCUGUUGGUGAGUUUAUUGGAGUCAAAAUAGAUAAAGUGGACAGAACCAAUACCGAUCCAAAACUCUUACCGUGUGUUAUUAUUGAUAAAAAGCAUCAUGACGUUAAAGUUGUAGGUGUAAAUGGAAUAAUCGAUCAAUGGUGGCCUUUAGAAUCAUUAGUUCGUUUAUCUGCGGUAUCUCAAGAAUUACGUGAUUUAAAUCUCAGUGAAUUGAAAGAAAUACCACCGAUUACAGCUUCAAAGCUUUUUGUUCGUAAUGCUCUCAAUGGUGUCACUUGCUCAUGCAAAGGUGGUUGCAAAAACAAUCAAUGUGCGUGCAAGAAAAACAAAGUAUUCUGUUCGACAAAAUGCCAUA